AUGGGGUCUGAUAGCUUACCAAAUUUUCCUUCUCUCACUCAUAAUGAUAUCAACGAUGAUGUACCCUCUCUCUCCAGUUUCUCACACUUGAUUCUAUCUAUCUAUCUAUCUAUCUAUCUAUCUAUCUAUCUAUCUAUCUAUCCCAGUCUGUUUUUAUCUACCUAUCUAUCUGCCUGCCUAUAUCUAUUUCUCUGUCUAUCAAACUUUCUUCAUUUUUUUUAUCUAUCUAUCUAUCUAUCUAUCUAUCUAUCUAUCUAUCUAUCUAUCUAUCACAAGAUCCAAAUUUUGAUCCAUAUUAAUUUUACUCUGUCUCUCGUCUACACUGUUUCCAUCUAUCUAUCUAUCUAUCUAUCUAUCUAUCUAUCUAUCUAUCUCAGUUUCUUCAUUAUCUAUCUAUCUAUCUAUCUAUCUGUCUGUCUGUCUCAUUCUGUUCGUAUCUAUCUCGUUCUGUUUCUAUCUAUCUAUCUAUCUAUCUAUCUAUUUAUCUAUCUAUCUAUCUGUCAUAGGCAGUUCAUAUCUAUAUCAAAUCUAUCAAAUUCUCUUAGCAUAAUGAUCAAAAAUCUAUCUAUCUAUCUAUCUAUCUAUCUAUCUAUCUAUCUCAUUCUUUUCUUUAUCUAUCUAUCUAUCUAUCUAUCUAUCUAUCUAUCUAAGGAGAGUAAUUGUCUCUUCCCACUAAACUGUCUUAUACUGUUCAUUUUCUAUCUAUCUAUCUAUCUAUCUAUCUAUCUAUCUUAUUCUGUUCAUAUCUUUCAGUCAAAGUCUAUCUAUCUAUCUAUCUAUCUAUCUAUCUAUCUAUCUAUCUAUCUAUCUAUCUAUCUACUAUCAAGUAGUACAAGGAACCAGACCAUAACACUAUCUAUCUCAUUCUGUUCAUAUCUAUCGAUCAAAGUCUAUCUAUCUAUCUAUCUAUCUAUCUAUCUAUCUAUCUAUCUAUCUAUCUAUCUAUCUAUUGAAGUCUGUGUUAUACGCAGUACAAGACCGAAAGCUACCCUACCUACCUAUCUAUCUAUCUAUCUAUCUAUCUAUCUAUCUAUCUAUCUAUCUAUCACAGCACAUUAUAUCUCACUAUGA